AGAUCUCUCCACAGGGUUCGACCAUAAACAAGCACAGUCAUCCACCGGUACAAAACCUAGAAGCGAACGGUUGUAGCCAUCACUCAUCAGAACCGAUUAAACAGCAAUUAAACGCUAGUCCCUCGCACAGCGUCAUUAGAGGAAUGUUACAAGAAAGGGGCAUCUAACAAACUCGAUGAUACUUCACUGUCGUACACGUUUAUUGAAACGAUAUUACGAUGCCUGCAUCAGCAAGCGAUUACCAGGUUGCGUAUUCGGUACGUGAUGCCGGCGGCGCACCUGACGCUGCGCGAGGAGGACGUGGUACGCUUAACCUUGGAGUUCCUCCACAGCCGUGACCUUCACAUCUCGCAGCUAUCGUUGGAGCGUGAGACAGGGGUGAUAAACGGUCAGUACAGCGACGACGUCCUCUUCCUUCGUCAGCUGAUCCUUGACGGACAAUGGGACGACGUGUUGGAGUUCAUUCAGCCUCUGGAGGCGUUGCCGGACUUCGACAUGAGGAAGUUCACCUAUUCGAUCCUGAGGCACAAGUAUGUGGAGCUGUUGUGCAUCAAGUCCGAAGCGAACGUGAUCGCGGCGGGUACGAACGGAAGCGUGGACAAUGCCGUGGAGGAAGUGGUGAAGGUGUUGAGCGACCUCGAGAAGGUCGCGCCCUCCAAAGAGGAGUAUAGCAGUUUGUGUCUGCUGUUGACGCUCCCGCGGCUCACUGAUCACCUGCAGUAUAAGGACUGGAAUCCUAGUAACGCGAGAGUCCAGUGUUUCCGGGAAGUGCAUCCUCUGGUGGAAAAAUUUCUGCCUGGGGACCGAAAGAGCACCGACCCGGCUCAUCCUGUCACCUCGGCGAAGAACGACCGACUCAUACAACUGAUAAUUAAGGGCAUUCUGUACGAGUCCUGCGUCAAUUAUUGCCAGGCUAAGGCCACAGGCUCCAAAGAGAGCGAACAGGUGGAGAUGAAUUUCUCUCGACUGCUGGACGGUUCCGUCGGCUUCAGCGAUUCGGACUUAAGUUUGCUCUCUUGGCUGCAAAGUAUACCACCGGAAACGUUCGCUGUUCCUUUCGCGCAGCGGACUCUGAACGUGGACGUGGAACGCUUGGAGAGACCGUCGUUGGAGACCUCGUGGACGGAACACAUGUUAAUCACCCCGAUAAAGCCGAAGACGUUCCCGCAUAGCGCGAUGCCGUUCACCAGGCCACGAUCCGCCGCUGACAUGAUGUCUCGCAGUUUAGUACCGGCUCUAGAAGCUGGACUCGGACCAAGGAGUCCCGGGCCUAAAAAUACACCGAUACCGUCUGCGGCGCUAAUGGCCCUGUCCACCGGUGAUAUAAACCCGAUGUCGAGAUCGUCUUUCGCGAGCUUUCAUCUGACCGGCUUUAAGAACAACAAGCUAAUGAACACCAGCGUGGACAGGUUGUUCGAGAACGAGGGUGACGUCUUCCUUAGCUCUAGCUACGCCGAGUUCCAACAGCUGCCUUCCAUACAAGAGACGACGACCAACAGUCAGCCGAAAGCUCCACCCAGAACGAGGGGGCAGUCGAAGAGUCCUGAAGGAAUCAAAGCUGACCCUUCGGCAGCCUCGACCCCAGAGCGAAGAGUCGCCGGUAGAGAAUCUCCAGCACCGUCAACAGCCAGGAGUUCCAGAAGAGAUUCUUUAGCUGAAAAGCCAACCGGGGUCGCAGCUAAGAUCACGGAGCCCACCGUGAUUCCUGGACGACCCUCCUUGGGCGGUGAACAUCUAGAACAGAGUUACAAUGGAGACCUGUUCAAGGAGUAUCAAAAGCAAAAGCAGAGGCUGCAGGAGAAGUUCCAGCAGAGAGAAAGGGAAUGGGACGAUUUGGUCAGACAGCUGUCGGCACCGUUGUCUCCGCAGGUGGUCGACAACAGACUUCAAAAUGACGGUAUAAAGCAGCCUUUGGGGAGCAAAGGACCGUCACCUGUUCACACCAGCACCCCUGCUAGGUCCGGAAUACAGUCACCCAAACCUGUGAUCAAUGGCUCCGAACCUAUGGUAAGACAGAACUCGGCACUAGGCAACACGUACGAUCCCAGAGCGCAGGAGAGCCACUACGACGUCGUCAAGCCAAUAAAGCAAGAACCACGGCAAGAACUUGAUAACAGCAAUGGCAGCAGCAACGGUGGUAGACCGAGAUUCGUUCCUGUCACGGCGUUGGAGGAUGUGCAGGCGGUUCGUUGCGCGGAAUUUCACCCCCAUGGAAAAUUAUAUGCCGUGGGAUCCAACUCGAAAACGCUCAGAAUAUGCUCUUAUCCAAAGCUCCACGAUGUUAGAGAAGACCAUCAGACGUAUCAGCCCACGGUUCUCUUCAAGAGAACGAAACAUCACAAGGGUUCGAUAUAUUGCCUCGCGUGGACACCGGAUGGACAGCUGAUGGCGACCGGAAGCAACGACAAGACUGUCAAAUUGAUGCGUUUCAAUGCUGACACAUCGAACCUCGAAGGACAAGAAGUCGAGCUGACGAUGCACGACGGCACAGUACGCGAUCUGUGCUUCCUCGAGGACACGUCCAACAAAUCCAGCCUCCUGAUCAGCGGGGGUGCGGGCGACUGCAAGAUUUAUGUCACCGAUUGCGCCACCGGAACACCCUUCCAGGCUCUCAGCGGACACAGCGGCCAUGUUCUCACUUUGUACAAUUGGGGAGGCGCAAUGUUCGUCAGCGGCUCUCAGGAUAAGACCGUGCGAUUCUGGGAUCUGCGGACGAGGGGAUGCGUCAACAUGGUCACACCGGCUACGGUACCUGGAAGCAGGGUUGGCAGUCCGGUAGCUGCACUCUGCGUCGAUCCAUCCGGACGUCUCCUGGUUUCCGGUCACGAGGACAGCAGCUGCGUUCUCUUCGACAUCCGAGGCGGUAGAACCGUGCAAUGCUUCAAACCUCACGCUGCUGAUAUAAGAAGCAUACGCUUCUCACCUUCUGCCUACUACUUGCUCACAGGUGGAUACGAUAAUAAACUCGUUCUCACCGAUCUGCAAGGAGAUCUAACGAUGCCCUUACCCAGCGUGGUCGUCGCCCAGCAUCAGGACAAAGUGAUCUCUGGACGGUGGCAUCCGACGGAGUUCUCGUUCCUCAGUACCUCUGCUGAUAAGACAGCAACUUUGUGGGCUCUGCCACCUGUCUAGGCUAUCUGAAUCCGAAAAUCGCGCGUUCAUCACUCACCAUGCUUUCUUCUUCCUUUCGGCAAUAAUCUUAUCGCUGAUCGUUCGUGGUCGUUCCUUUAUUCUAGCUUCAACUUCCGUAUCAUCUUUUUUGUUUCUUUCAAAGUAAAAAGUGGAGACUGAAGUUUGUUGUAACGUUAUGAUUCAUCUACUCUUGGUCGGAAAUAGUUACAAUGUAAGGAAGAAGGAGCGAUCGCGAGCGAUAGAACGCAUGAGCGCGUUAUAACAGGAAGAAAGUUUCUUCGUGUACUCGCGCGUAAUUCAACCAUGACCAAUUAAAAAAAAAUCUUCCUGAAAAACGCACGCGGAUGAAAAACAUUGUAACGUGUUACCGAGUAAACGUUGCACGCUUCGAGAAGCUCGGUUUGAGAUUAGUGAAAGUUCAGUUUCGCGUAGACGAUGCAUCGAGAGCAUCCUGACGUUUAUCGACGAGUCUAAGUAGGAAUCAUAAGACUGCGAAAGAACUGACAUGAACAUUAUUAAUUCGGAGAUACUUAACACGGACAGUUGCGGACGAUUGAAUUCCUAUAUGUUAUAGGACGGAUCGUCACGGUGGCAUUUUGAAAUCGAUCAACAAUAUUUUCGUGAGUUAAGAUCGAGCGUGUUGCUUGGUAGAUUCGUGGUGUAACGUUUGUCUCUCCAUUUUAUAGAGUUUCUUCGCGGUUGUGUGUUUACCCUGAUGUAAAUAAGUUAGCGUAGCGUUAAGCGUCGAUCGUGGGAGACGAAAAUCUGCUCCGUGAACGUCAAUCGACCCUUCAUUAAUUUUUAGUAUUAAAUGCUCUCUUACCCUUACCCUGUUAGGCAUGUGCGGGUAACCCGAUGCGUUGGACGUAUACCAAGUUUCUAUGUAUUGCUGGGAUUUGUGAAGUUUCGAAGUUGGAGAACUCGAGGGGUUUGAUUCUGAGAUUGGAAAUUUCGGAAUGCAAAAAUUCAGAGGUUGGAAAAUUUGGAAGGUUUGAAAAUCCAGAGAUUAAGAAAUCAGAGACAGUUCGAGAAUUUAGAAAUUUGAAAACAUGGCUUUCAAAAAUUUCUAAAUUGAUACGAAUUUGUGGAUAUCGUGGAGCGAUAAGUUUUAAGCACAGUCCCAUUUGGGAUACUCGCACAUCCCUUCCUGUUACUGUUUCGUUGCAAAUAUCUACAUUUACGCAUGCAAAAUAACACCUGUAAAAUGUACGUUUUUCUCUGAGUUCGUCCAUCAACCCUUCUGUUUGUUAUUUGUGUUUUUUAUGCUACAUUAAUUUAAACCUUAAACUAGAACAAGAGCGUUUCUUCCCACCAAAUCAUCGUCCCUAUCCUCUUAUCGAUCCCCGAAGUCACGCCAAAUAUUCGCAUAUAUUAUAUACUUAUAUAAUAUAAUAGAUUACCUAUUCGUAUUAAGAGAAUCAACGUAUUAUACGUACGCUCAUUUAUUAAUCGCUAUUUUUUACCAAGAGGAUUUACCAAUUGACGAGAAACGAGAUUGUGUGUGGACGGUCGAGUCGUUCGAAAGAUUUCGACCGUGCCCGUCGUUGUAGCGCGAUAAACAAUUAUAGCGAGACGAGAAUGCUUUUAGAUUUAAGGUCGUCGCUUGUCGAAAUCGCCAAAGCUGUCGAAGUAGCCGGUGAAAGAAAAAGGAGAAAGUCUUGCGAUGUUUUAACACUUAAACGAUCAUAUUUCUCCUUGUACAUACUUGCACGUUUUCGCGAGGAUCACUUUUGUUUUAUUUCCAACUACAUGUGACACAUCUUUUGUGUCCGUGCACUUUUUCGAUGCAAAGAAAGACUCGUAGAGUUGUGACCGAGCGUUCACAUAUGUUAUCGACAGAGGGUUUGAAAGCGAUGUCAAUUUCAUAGUCUUUGGGAAAUUAUAUUUCUUUUGUAAAAUAUCUUCUCUAUUUUCAUACGCAAAUCUACACAGGUUAUGUCACUUUUUAUAACACAGUGAACAAUAAUUUUACUGCAAAGUAUUUUUGUAUUAAAAACAGUCUUUUCGCUAGAAGUUUUAUAAAGCUUGCAUGCAGAUAUAAUAAAGUAUACCAAGUAAUAAUGAGAAGUGCAAUUUCAGCUACUCUUAGUUAAAGGCAAGUACUCUACCCAUAUUUACAAAAAGAAGCUAUAUUCUUCUAUCUAAAUUGACUUCAGUCUAAAUUCACAAAAUAAAAUUUCCAAUAUAUAUCACUGUAACAUAACCAGAAUAUUUUAUCACAAAAAUUUCCAAACUUGCUGUCGAUAACGUAUUUUCGUUUGCGAUAGAACAAGGUUAUCGUUUGUGGCAACAAUUUCGUUUUAUUGCACGAUGCUGCCUUAAUAUCUCUUUACGUUAUCUAUUCAUGAUCGAUCGAGCAGGAUUUCGAUACAAAGACAGAGUCGUUGAAAAGGAGCAAAGAAGCGAGCAUCUGGCUUCUUCUGUAGCAAUUUAUCGUGCCUUCUGUCGUGGCUGCUUUCGGCGAUUCACACUUAUUUUUCUAUUUUUCCGUGUUCAACAUUUGUCACUCUGCCCUCGCGUUCCUUUGCACCUCUUCUUUCCGGUCGUAAUUACCUUUCCCCAUCGAACUCGAUUAAAGAACGCUGAAUUAUCGAACCUCUUCGUUAUCUCGUACGAUAAUUACCUUAUUAUAACAUAUACAUAUAUACAUAUAGCAUAACUUAUAACUUUGUACUUUUCCUGUAGAUACGACAUAAUACUGUCACGUCUAAUUUAAACAAUAAAAUUUACGUUAUUAAUUA